UUCAUUGGCUGUAUGAUACACAAAGAUGCCAAAUUAGAGCUCUUGUAUUAUGAGCACAUCCACUCAAUAGACCCCACGUUCAUCAUCUGGUCUUUUUAAGCAUCCCCAAAGACUCUGCAACAUGGACAAGCAAACAUGGAUUCAAACACCUUCUCUUACCUCCAACAAGUCAUGGAUGAGCUCUGGUUCUCACAAAACAUUCUCUUGGGCAAGACCAGGACUGCUUCCUCAACUCCUCUUCCUGCCCACCUACCAACAAACUCAUCUUCAGAAUCACUUCCAGGAAACAGCAGCACAUCACAGAGUAGGAAAAGCCAUGCAGUAUACAAAGAAAAGAAGAAACGACCUGUGCUGAAUAUCGUCAUAGGAAAGCCUCUUUUCCAGCUGCAGCAUCCUUCAACACCUACCUUGAGUGCAGAUUCAGCACAGAAGAUAAGAAGAAGAAGAAGCAUACGGAGAGAGAUGAGGACCUACAAGAGCCUGUCUGAUCUUGAAAACUAUGAGCUCCAGGGGUUCAUGGAUCUUGGGUUUGUAUUCCACAAAGAGAAAUUGAGUUCGGAGAUGAUAUGUGUGAUACCGGGACUUCAAAGACUAGUUGAAGAGAAGAGUGGAAGUGCUGAGAGGAGAGAGACCAAUGAAGAACAGGUGAAAAGGCCAUAUCUGUCAGAGGCUUGGCUUAUCAGUAAACCUGAUUCUCCACUCCUCAAUCUACGAAUGUUGCCAAAUUCUCUUGAUAGAGCUGAUAUGAAGAAGCAUCUCCGCUUCUGGGCUCGGGAGGUAGCUUCCCUGGCUCAGCAAGAAUCAUAAAACAAUAUCCAAAACAAAAUCUAAUGUUAACGUCUACCUGGCAGUUUCUUUUUUGUGUUCUGGGUUUGUGAUUAUUUCAUUUUCCCGGUGAUCGGAACUGCAAGGGCAGCUGUAGUGGCGGAAGCACUGAAGAGAAAAAUCCAUCUAAUCCAAGAGAAAAUGAUAGCAGGAAUUCCAUAUGCAGGAAAAGCAUCCUUCUUUGUCAGCUAUUAAAAAAAUGGUGGGCAUACACAGUUGGAAGGUACCUGUCAUGCUGAAGGAGAUGUUUUUCUUGAUUGUCAUGAGCGCAGGAGAAUUCUUGAUAUCAGCCACUUGUUUUUUGAUCUUAUUUGUCAAGACACCAGCAAAUGUAAAUACAAGAUGUAAAGUGUAAAAUUAUUAGAGAAAGAAGCAAUGGAUAAGAAAACUAGCAAAGGAAAUUGUUGUUUUCUUCCUUACA